AAAUGUUGAAAAAUCGAUAGCUCAUCAUUCGAAAGGAAGUUUUGUGAGACGGAAUAGGAAUUUGUGGCGAAAAAUGCAGUUAAAAUUCAUGAAAACCGUAGUUGAAGCGCAAGAUUACCUGUACCGCGUGGCAGGGCUUGCUUGGUCGCCGAACAAUCAAAAGCUAGCGGUGGCCACUGCCGAUCGCAUGAUUUUGCUUUUCGACGAAAAUGGCGAUCGACGCGAUAAGUUUUCCACUAAACCUGGUGAUCCUAACGCUGGAAAAAGCUCGUAUGUUAUUCGAGGGAUUGCAUUCAGUCCGGAUUCGAGUAGAUUGGCUGUGGCACAGAGUGAUAGUAUCGUUUACGUUUACAAACUGGGCGAAUCCUGGAAUGAGAAGAAGGUCAUUUGCAAUAAAUUUCCGCAGGGUUGCGCUGUUACCUGUAUCACGUGGCUGUCAGGUGGAAUGAUCAUUGCUGGGUUAGAGGACGGCAAGGUGCGAUCUCUUCACUGUAAGAACAACAAAUCUAAGACGCUCUAUGGAGCGGAGAGCUUCGUGGUAUCACUUGCUCCCAAUGCUAGAGGCACUGGUCUGCUUUCUGGACAUGAUGACGGUUCAGUUAUUAAAUUCUACAUUAUUGAGGAGCCUGGAGAAACAUCGGGAAGAAUUCUACAGCAUCCGGUAGCUCCAGUUUCGUUGGCCUGGCCUCAAAGUGGCAUUCUGGUUGCAGGAUGUGACAAAAAGAUAUGUUUCUAUGAUACCAUUGGUAGAUUGGCUCGAACUUUUGACUACACUAGAGAUGAUACGGAGCGCGAGUUCACGAUAGCCGCUUCAAGUCCUAACGGGCAGGCUGUGGCGGUUGGAAGCUUCGACAGGAUUCGUAUUUUUACAUGGAGUCCCCGACAGAAUACUUGGACUGAAUCGCUGUGCAAAAGUAUUCCUAAUUUGUACACGGUAACGGCAAUUGCAUGGAGGAAAGAUGGUUCCCGCUUGACGGUGGGUUCACUAUGCGGAGCUGUGUUGGCUUAUGAAUCAGUUUUGCGCCGAACGAUCUGGCAGGACAAAUUCGAGUUGACUUUCGUCGCUCCUAGCCAAGUUUUGUUGAAAUCGCUUCAUGAACCUUCGAAUACCAUGAUCGUAGAAUCUCAAUUGGGUUUAGAGAUCGACGAUGUCCGUAUCAUGGGAAAGGAUAAUUAUUUGGUUGGGCGUACUGAAGAUUCACUGAUUCUUUGUGAUUUGAUUCGUUCAUUGACGAGCGAGAUCCCUUGGAUAGCAACCGGGCGACACGAGAGAUUCUACUUCGAAAACCCUACGGUGGCGUUGAUCUUUAAUGCUGGUGAGCUUUCGUUGGUUGAAUAUGGAGAAAAUUAUAUUCUUGGUUCUGUGCGUACAGAGUUCGUAAACCCUCAUGUCAUCUCAGUUCGACUAAAUGAACGUGGAAAUUCAUCCAACAAUAAGAAACUUGCAUAUUUGCUUGACAUGAAGACGGUUUGUGUUGUGGACUUGAUCUUACAGUCUACGAUUACCCAAAUUACACAUGAUUCUAAAAUUGAUUGGCUAGAACUGAGCGAAACUGGUCAUAAAUUGUUAUUUAGAGACAAGAAAAUGCGUCUUCUUUUGGUAGACAUCAUGAGCGGAAAGAAACAAACUCUUCUGGCGAAAGUUGCUUUUGUUCAAUGGGUUCCUUCAAGUGACGUAGCCGUAGCACAAAGUGACUCCAAUCUUGCGAUAUGGUACAACAUUGACCUUCCAGAACAUGUGACGAUCCUUCCUGUCCGCGGGGAUGUGUUCGACGUCAUUCGAGAGGAUGGAAAAACUGAAGUUCACACAAGAGAAGGGGCUUCCGAGCAUGUCUACAAUCUGGAUGAAGGAUUAGUUGAGUUUGGAACGGCCGUUAAUGAUAGUGAUUUCGGUCGGGCUAUCUUUUAUUUGGAAUCGUUGGGAGACAAACCUGCUGCCAAGGCAAUGUGGCACAACUUGGCAAAUAUAGCACUUGCUCAGCAAAACUUACGGGUUGCCCAAAGGUGCUUCGCUGCCUUGGAAAACGCAUCGAAGACGUUCUACAUCGGGGAGAUGAUUAAGAUUUCUGAAAAAUAUGAGGAAACAACUGGAAACCCAGGUAUGAGUUGUCCGGAAGUAAGAGCUAGGAUGGCCUUGCUUGGUGGAGAUUUGAGAUCGGCAGAACGUAUCUACAUCGAACAAGGUGACAUUGAAGCGGCACUGGAUAUGUAUAAGAAACUACGUAGAUGGGAUGAUGCUAUCAAAUUAGCGGAACGCCGUGGGUAUCAUGGUUUAAAUGAGCUAAAAGAGCAACAAAUGGAAUUUCUGCUGAAUACGAGCCAAGAAGAGAAGGCAGGAGAAGUACUGGAAGAACGAGAAGAGAAAGAUAAAGCAAUGACGCUGUACAUGAAGGCAAAUAAGCCAGUGAAAGCAGCCAAGCUGGCUCUUAAAACGCCUCAUCUUUUGUCCAAUGAGAACAUCGUGUCUAGAGUGUCUGCGUCAUUGGUCAAGGCAGAGUUAUACGAACUGGCAGCAGAACUUGCAUACAGAACUGGACAACAAGCAAGUGCUAUAGCUCUCUAUAGAAAAGGAGGGGCCUAUGCUCGUGCAAUUGAUCUCGCUCGCUUCACAUCACCAGAUGAAGUAACCAGCUUGGAAGAGGAAUGGGGUGACUGGUUAGUUUCAAAACGACAGCUUGAUGCUUCAAUAAGCCAUUACAUAGAGGCAGGAAGCACGGUUAAAGCUCUGGAGGCAGCUGUUGGAGCCAAACAGUGGCGUAAAGCUGUCCAAAUUGCAAAAGUUGUUGAUGACCCGGAAGAAAUACGAAAGUAUGCCGUAGAGCUAGCUGAACAUCUCUGCAUGAUUGGAGAUGUGAAGACUGCUGAAGAACUGUUGAUCAGAGCCGAGAUGUACAAGGAAGCAAUCAAUCUUCUUAAUAAACAUGGUCAAUGGGAAAAAGCUUUCGAUAUAGCAGAGAAGUAUAUCAACACCGACGAUGUAAAAGAUCUAUUUAUUGAUUUGGCGAAAGGUUUGGAAUCUGAAGGAAAAUAUCGCGAUGCUGAGAAGGUCCUCUUGACUAUCAACGAACCAGACAUAGCAAUAAACAUGUACAAAGAACUGGAGUUAUACGAUUCCAUGAUUAGGUUGGUUGAAAGAUACCAUAAAAACUUAUUGGAGCAAACUCAUUCUUCGCUAGCUCGUCAGCUAGAAGGUAAGGGUCGAUUCAAGAACGCUGAAGUGCACUUUCUGGCCGCUGGAGAUUGGAAAGCAGCUGUUCACAUGUACUGUAGUGCAAAUAAGUGGGAAGAAGCUCAUCGUGUAGCUAAACAGAAAGGUGGUGAAGGAGCUUCCAAUCAGGUUGCUUUUAUGUGGGCGAAAUCGCUUCCGAUUGAGGGAGCUGCACGUCUGCUUACCAAAAUGAAUCUCAUAGAUAAUUCGAUUUCCUACGCUUGUGAAGCUGGUCAGUUCGACUUCGCUUUGGAUCUUUGUAAAGCUAGUGGAAAGCCAGCUGAUGACGUGCAUUACAAAAUCGCCAUGGCUCUAGAAGAUGAUGGAAAGUUUACAGAAGCAGAAGCGGAGUUUCUAUUGGCUAACAAGCCCAAAGAAGCUAUUAUGAUGCAUACUCACGGCGGAGAUUGGAAAUCUGCACUUCGUGUAGCAGAAAAGUAUCUUCCUGAAGCGGUCAAAGAAGUACUUCUCAGUCAGGCUGCCUCCGCUUUGGAAUCGAGAAAUUAUCCGGAAUUUGAAGCACUGAUGAUUAGAGCUGAUAGGCCGGAUUUGAUUCUGGAACACUACAAAGAAUACAACAUGCUGAACGAUGCACUGAGAAUUGCUAAAGAAUAUAUCCCAUCUGCUUUAGCAGAAGUGCAAAAACUUUACAAUAAAGCAAACCGUGGUAGUGCUUCUAACGAUUCAAGAUAUCUACUUCAGAAGGCAUCGGAGUAUGCUAGGGCAGAGGAGUUCAAAAAAGCUACAGAAUGUUUACUACAGAUCAACGAAGGAAAUGCCGAUGAUGCAACUGUAGGCAGAGCUAUGCUACGUGCUGCAGAGAUUUGUAAUCAGUUCCUGGAAGGGCCUGAUGCAGCAGAAAUAGCGAGAGAGCUUGGUCCUCGGUUGAUUGAAAUCAAUCAGAUUGGACCUGCAGCGCAGUUGUAUCUGGCUGCUGAGCUGCCUCGAGAAGCAGUCGACGUUUUCAUCAAAACCGAUAACUGGAACAAAGCUCGUCGGCUUGCGAAGGAAAUAGAUCCGCAGUUGGUGGCGUACGUUGAAGCUCAACAGAAGUCUAAGCUGAGAAAUCAGGGCAACGUAGAACAAUUGGCGGACAUAGACAUCAUGGGAGCGUUAGAUCUUCUUGCCGAGCAAGGACAAUGGACGCGAUGCAUCGAAAAAGCCAAACAACACAGCGUUCCUGUUUUGCAAAAGUAUUUGGCUCAGUACGCAGCUCAACUGAUUCGUGAUGGUGAUUGCAUCGCUGCACUCAAUCUAUAUCUGGAGCAUGGAGUUCCACCUGUUGCACAGAAUUUCAACAUCUAUAACCGAAUUGCUAUGGAGUGCUUUGCAUUACGUGAACCCGAUGGCAUCCAAAUUUGGAAGAAUCUACGCAAUUUUCUUCUCAAUUUGGUACAAGCUUUGCGUGGCUCAGACCAAGCAGAAGCAGAUGUGGUCGACCGCUUUGAGCAGUUGCUGACGAUAUCGCACUAUUAUUGUACUCGAGCAGCAUGUCGUCAAGCACCCGCUUUGCAGUCGAUUGCUGUGAAAAUCUCUGUAGCAAUGCUUCGUCACACCGAUAUCAUUCCAUGCGACAAAGGAUAUUAUGAGGCCGGAAUGGAUUUGCGUGGAUUAGGACGUGAGUCUGAAGCUUUCGUAAUUCUCAACCACUAUCUGGACGUUUGUGAAGCGAUCGAAGAAGGUUCUGGCAACCUGGUCGAUCACUCUGACCUCUCGUGCACGGACUUUCCCAGUUCGGUCCCAAUACCGGCUGAACUGCACUUGAAGAAUGAGCUUAAUUUACACGAGGAAAUCCGUGAAUGGGUUUUGGCUGUCAGUAUGGACCAGAAGGUCGAUCAGGUACUGCCGACCGAUGAUCGGAAUCUGUUUGAGUCCAGUUUGGGAAUUUCGGAUCAGGCAUGCUUGGUGAGCGGAUAUCCGGUAAUGGGGCGCCAACCGGUCGUAUUUCAACGAACUCAUCGAUUGGCCAACAGAGACGCCUGGAGUAAGCUGACAGUUGCAGCUAGAAUGGCUCCUCAGACGGAUAUUCCCAAUGUAAUUGAGUUUAUCGAAAAGUGGUGUGGCCCAGCUAACUUUCUAUCGGGAUAAAACAGAGUAAAUUAGCAUUGAUCUUUGUUGCACUGUGACAUUACAAUUUUAGUCGUAAUAAAUGCACAUAUGACAUCUUCAA